AUGUACGGAUGGAUUCCGUACAACAACACCGUCAACUCUACUGACACGGUCCCCACUCCACCGUCUCUUAUAAUUACCAGCCAAGAUACGCCGUGGAACUUCACAUUUGUCUCCCUGACUGACAGCUUUCCGUUCGUCGGCAAACAUGGCACAUACUUCGGCGGUGGCUACACAACAACACUAGGAACUACACUGACAUCGAGUGCAACAUUGUCAGCAUACCUGGAGCAGUACAACUGGCUGGACGAGCGAACCCGUGCCGUCUUCGUGGAGCUGAUCCUCUUCAACCCACACGCCAACCUGUUCUCUGUGGUGUCGAUGUUUGUGGAGUUCACCCAGCUUGGAGCUGCCUUUACGAGUGGAGAGGUUGUGUCACUGAGGCUUAUUCAACAUGGUGCCGUCCUUCUGCUUGUUCUUCGGGCUCUGUCAGCGGCAUUCCUGAUUUUCUUCGCAGUAAUUGGAGCCAAGAGCCUCUUUAAACGACCACUUGAAUACCUGGGUGAGUUUUGGAGCUGGGUGGAAAUCUCAGUCGUCGUCGUCGGUUUCGGCAGCCUCGGAGUCUAUUUCAACGCACAGGGCAUCAUCGACGAAGCCGCCGAUCAACGUCGCUCUGGAAACACCGUGUUUGAGAUCUACAAAAGCGCAGUGAACUGGUUUCAAAUUUACACCUACCUGUUAGCAUUUCUCAUUUGCUGUGCCACAGUCAAGCUUAUUCGGCUUUUACGGUUCAACUCACACGUCUAUGCUCUUAGCAUGACGAUUAAAAAGUCAUUUAAUCCAGUCAUGAAGUUCUUUUUCGUAGCUGGCAUUAUUCUCAUGGCAUUUACACAGAUGGGUAAUAUUCUGUUUGGCAUCAAACUCCAGGAUUACAAGAACAUCCUGACCAGUCUGACCAGCCUGUGUACCAUGAUGUUAGGUAGUUUUGAUUUUGAUGCUCUCGUAGAUGGCCACUAUAUUCUCGGCCCUACGAUGUUCUUCACCUACCAGGCAAUCAUGCAGUUCAUAUUACUGAGCAUGUUUAUGACCAUUAUCAUGGAUGUGUACGCUGAGGAAAGUCAGGAUUCGAACACUAAUGAUUUACAGAUGAUCGCAUUUGUAAAGGAUUCAACCUCUGAUGCGGUAGGCAAAGCGAAAUAUACUAUUUCAGAGGCUAGAAAGCGAAAGCCGAUGAAAACUGACAAGACAGAAGUCCCUGAUCCUAGAAAUCUGAACAAAUUUGCAGGUUACCUUCAUGAACUUGACGACCCGAAUAGACUUUAGACCGAAUUAACAGAUAACACGUACCAACAACAGUUUGGAAACCUUAUCUCUCCAUAAAACAAAACAUUCUGAUUAUGCAAAUGCCUUUAACAUCUACAUAAUUUAUGUUUGGUUAUGACAACUUUAAAUAACGUAUACAGGUAGAAUGAUGACAGUCCAAUCAUUUACUAUCGCACGAAUAUUAGACUAUCAUUUGCAUAAUUGGCAUCUAUUUGAGUCUGAUGAUUUUAAUGCAAAUUAAAUUCCAAUAUAUUAUGUACAUAUCUUUCUAAGCUACCACAUGCUAAAUACCAUGGAAAUAAUUUCUGCUCAUUUGUUCAUUUAUUUUCGUGUGAAAAUUUUUGCAAUAUGCCCCUGCAGUUUCAGAGCAUGCUACUAGGGGGACCAAAUAUAACUUCGUUCUUACUCUUUAAAUCUAUGUGAACAAUAUCUUAAGACCAUAGCACGUCAAAGAAAAAAGAUACCUAAAACGAAAGUUCUUCUGCAAUGCCAAGGUCACAUACAAGGGGACCCAAAAUCAAAGAAUGUGUAUCUAGUCAAAAUAAAGGUUAGGUAUGUAUUUAAUACUAUGUACAUAAGUAUUUAACCCCCUACAGAAAAAACAACAACUCCAUUUUGUCAUCGUUUACUUUAGUGUUACAUAAGGCUGUCAAUUGUAGCAUAUGUUGUGUAUUAAGGUUUGAUGUAUUUAAGUGAAUGUAGUGUGAGAGCAACAUUACUUAGAGUAGCCACCUAUAUAUAAUCAGUGAACGAUAUAAACUAUUUGUAUUUGCCUGAUAUUUAUUUAUUUACAAACCCUGCUUGUGUAUUUGUUUUAUUCUUUGAGCUUAGAUUGCAUAUUAUUGUUCUUUUAAACCUUUUUUAGCAGUAAAGAGGCUCAACCAAAAAAAACAUCUUAACAUAUUGCAAUCGUUUCUGAGCAAAAUGAACAGACUUCAGAUCCAAUGAAAAGAUCGCAAAAUGUGUUAUAACAGGUGUUUGUAGUUUUACAUUAUAUUGUUGAGGAUACUUAAUCUAGUCUGUAGCAUUUUUACGUUUUUUGGCAAGAAAUCCAUAACUUAUAGAAUGUAAGUUAAUAUUGAAUUGACUAACCUUUUUAUCACGUAACAUUAUGACAUCUAAAGCCUCAUGAUUAUCUAUAUUUAUUCAAGAACAUAAAAAUGUAUAUUUCAAUAAACAGUCAAUGUUGAUCUUUUGUGAAACAUUGUA